AUGCAGUCCGCGGGUCGCGCGGCAAGAAUCUCGUCCUCAUUGAGGGCGAGGUCCCUCAUCCUGACUCACCAGACGAAGCCUGCUUCUCCUGGAAUUCCGUACUCGCAGCUCUCUCUCGGUGUGCCCAAGGAAUCUUUCACGGGCGAGAAGCGUGUUGCUACCACCCCCAAGGUUGUAGAGAAGCUUGUAAAGCAGGGAUUUUCCGUUUCGAUCGAGAAGGGAGCUGGAGAACCUGCGAACAUGGCAGAUGAAGCCUUCUCGAGUGUUGGUGCUAAAAUCGAGUCGGCCGAUAGCGUGUUCAAGAAAGAUAUUGUGUUCAAGGUUCGUGCUCCCAGCGCCGAUGAGGUUGCGCUUUUCAAGGAUGGGUCCACCUUGUUCUCGUACAUCUACCCAGGACAAAACAAGAGCCUCGUUGAUCUGAUGGCGAAGAAGAAGAUGAAUGUUUUUGCGAUGGAGUGCGUUCCACGCAUCAGCAGAGCGCAGGUCUAUGAUGCAUUGAGCUCUAUGGCGAACAUUUCAGGUUACAAGGCUGUUGUUGAGGCCGCUUCAUACUUCGGACGAUUUUUCACGGGCCAGAUUACUGCUGCCGGAAAGACAGAGCCUGCUAAGAUUCUUGUGAUUGGUGGAGGAGUUGCUGGUCUUGCAGCCAUUGGAACAGCUAAGAAUAUGGGUGCGAUUGUCCGUUGUUUCGAUACUCGUCCAGCUGUCAAGGAACAGGCGAAGUCUAUGGGAGCGGAAUUCUUGGAGAUGAAGGGAUUCGAGCUUGAAGAAGGUGUUGGUGGAUAUGCCAAGGAAAUGACGAAGGAAUUUAUUGCUGCUGAGAUGGAAUUGUUUGCAAAGCAGGCCAAGGAGGUUGAUAUUAUCAUUACCACUGCUUUGAUCCCUGGGAAACCCGCACCAAAGCUCAUCAGCAAGGCGAUGAUCGAUUCGAUGAAGCCUGGCUCUGUCGUUGUUGAUCUUGCGGCUGAGGCUGGAGGAAACAUUGAGACCACGAAACCUGGCGAAGUCUAUGUUUAUGGCCAGGGGGUGACACAUAUUGGAUUGACCGAUUUCCCAUCACAGCUUGCGAACCAGUCGAGCCAGCUCUACAGUAACAACAUUUCUGCACUCAUGCUGUCCUUUGGAAGAGACGGAAAUAGGGCCGAAAAGGGAAUGUUUUACAUGGACAUGGAAGAUGUUGUUUGCCGUGGAUCUUGCAUUCUCAAGCAGGGUGAAUUGAUGUGGCCAGCACCACCCCCUCCAACUCCUCCUCCUACCCCUCAGAAGAAGACAGAAGCGAAGGUCGAAUUCCAGAGGUCUCUUUAUUUAACAGCAGGCGGAGCAUCGAUCUAUGGCGUUGGUCUUCUCACUCCUGAACCUUCAUCUCAUGCUAUGUUCACCACCUUCUCGUUGGCUUGCAUUGGUGGAUACUACACUGUCUGGGGGGUUGUUCCUGCUCUCCACUCCCCUCUGAUGUCAGUUACCAAUGCCAUUUCCGGCAUGACUGCGGCAGGCGGUAUGGUCAUCAUGGGAGGAGGACUUUUUCCAACUACUUCUUCUCAGAUGUUGGGUGCAGUAGCUGUUGCAAUGUCAUCCGUAAACAUUGUUGGUGGCUUCAUCAUCACUCAGAGAAUGCUUGAUAUGUUCCGUCGCCCGACCGACCCUGAGGAACACAAUCAUUACUAUGCUAUGCCAAUGGCUGCUCUCGUCGGUGGCUAUCUGCUCACUACCAAAUACCUUGGUGUAGAUACUACUGGUCUUGCCUAUGUUGCUUCCGGUGUUCUUUGCAUUGGUGGCAUUUCUUGCAUGAGCACGAUGGAAUCAUCCAGAAUUGGCAACCCCGUUGCCAUUCUUGGUGUUUCUACGGGUAUCGCGGCUACGUUGGGUGCAAUUUCACAGACUCCUCAAGUUUACGGUCAGAUUGCCAUGGCUUGCGCGGCUGGUGGCUCCGUUGGUUUCAUGAUCGCACGAGGCCUUGCGCCAACCCAGCUUCCAGAGACUGUUGCUCUGUUUCACUCUUUGGUUGGUGCUGCUGCUGUGACUACCUCCAUUGGUUCGUACAUCAUGGAUCCUCACCAUGCAGUCACCGCCUGGAUUGGAACGGCAAUUGGUGCCGUUACUGUUACCGGUUCUUUGGUUGCUUACGCUAAGCUUUCUGAGAAGAUGGGCUCUGCUCCAUGGUGUCUCCCAGGGAAGGACAUGAUCAAUAUUGGAAUGCUUGCGGGCAACAUUGGAUGCUUGGGUUACAUGAUGAUGGACCCGAUGAAUGUCACUAAUGGAGUUUUGGCUUUGAGUGGGACAACCGCACUUGCUGGAGCUCUUGGAUUUCACAUCACUGCUUCCAUUGGUGGAGCUGAUAUGCCUGUUUGCAUCACAGUUUUGAACUCUUAUUCUGGAUGGGCCCUCUGUGCUGAAGGAUUUAUGCUCAACAAUAGUCUCUUGACCACUGUUGGUUCUUUGAUUGGAGCUUCUGGAGCGAUCCUGAGCUACAUUAUGUGCGUAGCCAUGAACAGAUCCCUUACAAACGUUCUCUUUGGAGGCUAUGGAACUUCAAGCACGGGAGGAGGAGAGAAGAUGAAGAUUACCGGAACUGCCACUACUACCGACGUUGACGCUGUUGCUGAUAUGCUUGUCAACGCGAAGAAUGUUAUCAUCGUUCCUGGUUACGGUGUUGCUGUCGCAAAGGCCCAAUACGACAUUGCAGAGAUGGUUUCAAGUCUUCGCGAGAAGGGCGUCAAUGUCAGAUUUGGUAUUCACCCUGUUGCUGGCCGUAUGCCGGGUCAGUUGAACGUGCUUCUUGCUGAAGCAGGAGUUCCAUACGAUAUUGUUCUCGAAAUGGAUGAAAUCAACGAAGACUUUGAAGACUGCGACGUUGCUUUGUGCAUUGGAGCCAACGAUACCAUCAACAGUGCUGCUCUUGAUGAUCCCAAUUCUGUCAUUGCUGGUAUGCCCGUUCUGCACGUAUGGAAGGCAAAACAGGUCAUCGUCAUGAAGAGGUCGUUAGCUGCCGGAUAUGCGGAUGUGGACAACCCUGUCUUCUUCAAUGAAAAUACCAUGAUGCUUCUCGGAAACGCGAAGCAAACCUGCGAUGGUUUGAAGACCAAGAUCAAGUCUGUUUAA